AUGGAGCACGGUUCAGUUCUGCUGUUGCUGCUCUUCCUGGGGACGUGCUCGGCUUCCACCUACAAAAAUGUGGCCUUGCGUGGCAAAGCAACUCAGUCACACCGUGCUGAUGGAAAUGAGGGUAUUUUGGGUGCUGCUUACAACGCCAUUGAUGGAAACCGUGAAUCUAGAUUCUCAGCCGGUUCAUGCAGCAUCACUGCAAAACAGAACAACCCCUGGUGGAGGUUGGACCUGCUGGAGUCCUACAUGAUCACCUCUGUCAUCAUCACCAACAGAGGAGACUGCUGUGAGGACAGGAUCAAUGGGGCAGAGAUUCGUAUCGGAAAGAAUUUACAUUACAAUGGUGCCACAGACACAGUGGUCGCUGUGAUAUCUAGUAUCGCAGCAGGCAGGUCUCAUAUAAUAACUCUUGAAAAACACGUGGAGGGACGUUAUGUGACUGUGGUUUUACCUGGUCAAGGAAGGGUCCUCACACUCUGUGAAGUGGAAGUCUACGGGUACCGUGCCCCAACUGGAGAGAACCUGGCACUUCAAGGAAAAGCCUCACAGUCAUCAUUGUAUUCAUAUCUUGGCGAUGCAUAUAAUGCUAUAGAUGGGAAUCGUGACAGCACCUAUGCAGAUGGCUCCUGCUCUUGUACAUCAUACAUAGCCAGUCCCUGGUGGCGAGUGGACCUGCAGAAAACACAUAAAGUGUUUUCUGUUAAGAUAACCAACGAAAAUAUAUACCCACAUCGACUUGAUGGAGCUGAGAUCCGUGUUGGAGAUUCUACUGUGAACAAUGGCAACAGCAAUACCAGGUGUGCUGUGAUCACACACAUCCCUGCAGGUUUUACCCACACAUUCGACUGUAACGGGAUGGACGGUCGCUAUGUUAGCAUAGUCAUUCCUGGAAGAAGCGAUUACCUGCACCUGUGUGAGGUGGAGGUGUAUGGCUCUAGACUGGAUUAGAUCUGACGAGGUUCAAAAUGUACAACAAUGACAAUUUACAUAGCUGGUAUUUACCUGAUGCUCUUUUAU